GUAUUUAACGCUGCAAAUUAUUCUCCAUUCUCAAUCGUACGAGAUUUUGAUAGUGUGCUACAAUGGAUACUACGGAACUACCAUUGAACUUAUUCUCCGAUGGAACUCGAAGGAUUAAGCACUUUAGAGAAGAUAAUGUGGAUUGGUUCAGCAGUCUGCCCGAUUCUCUUGUUGUUCACAUCUUCUCUUUUCUUAAGAUGGAAGAGAUCAUUCGAACCAGCAUAUUAUCAAGAAGAUUUAGAUAUCUAUACCUUUCGGUACCAUACUUGGAUUUUGACUCGGAGGAACUCAGUGCCAAACUUGGAGACCAAUAUUGUAUGAGAACAUAUCUUGAUGAUUUUAUGUCUCAACGAAAUGAGAAUCGGAUGCUGAGGUUUCGCCUCCGAUGGUUAUGUUUUGAACCCCAAUCUGAUGAAAACCGUAUUGUUGCUUGGCUGUGUAAUGUGUUACAUUGUGGUGUCCAGGAGCUUGAUAUCGAAAUUUCCAUAGGAAGACAGGGAACCUUUAUACUGCCAGCCAUGAGCAGCUUCAGUUGUGGAUACCUGGAGGUGCUUAAGUUGAAUUUGCAUGGAGGUCAUCUUGUUCUGCCCUCUUCUGUAUUUCUCUCACUCCGGAUUUUAUCCAUGAAAUCUGUUAGAAUCUUCCACGAUUCUUUUGGAGACUGGAUUUCAUCUUCCUGUCAGCGGCUUGAAACUUUAAAUCUUGAAAAUGUUACUGGUAUCGUCAAGCUCCACGUUACCCAUUCAUUUUUAGAACAUCUAUUGAUUUCUCAACGCUCUGGUAAUUUGCUCAACAGGAUUGAUGUAUCGUGCGAGAGCCUUAAGACAUUAUCUAUCAAGUGGUUCUUUCAACUCCAUAAAACCAGAUCAUUAAAUAUUUCAGCCCCCAAUCUUCAAAAGUUCAAAUGGAUGGGAAAUAUCGUUAGCCAUUAUUCUCUUAAGAACAUUAUUUGUCUACAAGAUACCAUGCUCUUUCUUGUCCCUCCUCAGCCUGGAGUGAUGGAUAUGGAGAGCUUCAAGGUUGUUGACCUCCUCCACACUAUCAAGCAUGCCAGAGUUUUAGAACUGAAUUGCUGGUUGAUUGAGGCUCUAUCAAGGCAAGACUGCCUGCCACCUUCAUUAUAUGAUUUGCAAGACUUAGUUAUGGAUAUUAGCUGCUUGAAGGACUCCAUAAUCCCAGCAUUGGCUUCAAUUCUGAAGAAGUCUCCUCAUAUAAAGCACUUGACCAUAAGAGGCUGUGGCAGAUUGGGACUCGUUAUUCCUGGAAAUGUGGCUGCGGGCAAAUUUGGUAUGAUAUUUUGGGAAAAUGAACACUUCACCAAUCUUCGAGAAUUGAGGACAGUAGAGAUGGAGCUUAGAGGAGGAAAGAAUGAAAGAGCAUUUCUGCUACAUUUAAUAAGACAGGGAAAAGUAUUGGAAAAGAUAACCAUUCACACACGUGUUACUCAUCUUUGGUUAACAGCAACUGAUCAAUUUCUGCAAGGAGUCAAGUGGGCUUCUCCUUCUUUGCAAAUAUGCUUUGUAGAAUCACAAUCGGGUCAAGAUCUACUCAAUGAAUAGUACAGGUUUUUCUUCAAAACAAAUCAACCUGAGGACAAAGAUUUGUAGGUUUUACUUAUUUUGUUUUAUUUUGAUAAUGUCGGAUUUGGCAGGGGUUCUUUUGGAAUGAGCUGCGUAUUGGUGUCUGGUACACUUUAUAAGUGCAUAUUUGAACUGCCAUUAAAAUGAAAUCAUUCCAUUAUGCUUGUUU